CUCAUAUCACAGCAAUAUAACUUUCCUCUCCUCUUUCAGAUCACUUCUAUUUUCGACCAGCAAUCUUUGGGUUGAAGAUUUCAUUUGCUCAGGGUGCCUGCUUUAAAAAUUCACUUCCAGUUCAAAUUAAUUUCUUCUUUAACUCUAGGAAGUCGAAAUGAAAUCCAAGAGCCUGCAAGAUAAUCACAGUAAUGGUUUUCACAGAAGAAGAUGGAUGGUAGCUUUGAUUGUGAUUGUGGUGAGCUGGAGCCACCUGAUCAUUAACUAACAGCCUCUUUUGUAAGCUGCCUCUUCCUUGACAAACUAAACUAAACGAAAGAAAAAAAGAAGAGGAGAGAAAAGUGCUUAUUUAACACCAUAGAAUGAAGCUGCUCAGGACCAGUCCAACACUGAAUGUAUCUGCACUGUGAGGAGGAUGUUAAUAGAAGCCUAUUACGUGCAUAUUUAUUCACAUUUUCGUUAAAUGCAGUUUAGCACAGUAGAGUGGAGUCCAUAGUAUGUCACUUCAUUCCGUUUGAUUUCCUUGUAUUUCCUUUUAAUGUCUGCGAAUAUGCUGCACCUUCCUUGAACUAUGAAUGCUGCAACCUCUCUAUCUUUGCCCAGCUUGAUUUUUAGAGUGCAUAAGUUCUAAUUAUAACGGGGAUACAACAGGCCUGACUGGCUAACAAUGCAAUGAGAGUGUCAGAAAAGUAUUGUGCAUUCAACCUGAAGUUUUUCUUCUCCUUUUCUGCAAGACCCUUCAUAUACCAGUGGAAGCAUCUGUACAUGUUUGCAGAAGCUUAGUAGUUUUAAAAGGAAAAACAACACAAAAGAAUUUCAACAUAAUGGCAGAGAAGUUUGAAAGCCUAAUGAACAUUCAUGGUUUCGAUGUAGGUUCUCGGUAUAUGGACUUGAAACCUCUGGGCUGUGGUGGCAAUGGCUUAGUUUUUUCUGCUGUCGAUAAUGACUGUGACAAACGAGUGGCUAUCAAGAAAAUUGUCCUUACAGAUCCUCAGAGCGUUAAACAUGCUCUGCGUGAGAUCAAAAUUAUUAGAAGACUUGACCAUGAUAACAUUGUCAAGGUGUUUGAAAUCCUUGGUCCCAACGGAAGUCAACUGACAGAUGAUGUAGGCUCUCUUACAGAACUGAACUGUGUUUACAUUGUACAAGAAUACAUGGAGACAGACCUGGCUAACCUGCUGGAGCAGGGGCCCUUACUGGAAGAACAUGCCAGACUCUUCAUGUACCAGCUGCUACGUGGGCUCAAAUAUAUUCACUCUGCAAAUGUUCUGCACAGAGAUCUCAAGCCAGCUAACCUGUUCAUUAAUACUGAAGAUUUGGUGCUGAAAAUUGGUGACUUUGGCCUUGCACGGAUCAUGGAUCCUCAUUAUUCUCACAAGGGCCAUCUUUCCGAAGGAUUGGUUACUAAAUGGUACAGAUCACCUCGCCUCUUGCUAUCACCCAACAACUAUACUAAAGCCAUUGAUAUGUGGGCUGCAGGUUGCAUCUUUGCUGAAAUGCUCACAGGGAAAACUCUCUUUGCAGGUGCCCAUGAACUUGAACAGAUGCAGCUGAUUUUAGAAUCAAUUCCUGUUGUGCAUGAGGAAGAUCGUCAGGAACUUCUUAGUGUAAUCCCAGUUUACAUUAAAAAUGACAUGACUGAGCCACACAAACCCUUAACUCAGCUCCUCCCAGGCAUUAGCCCUGAAGCACUGGACUUCCUGGAACAAAUACUGACGUUUAGUCCCAUGGAUCGAUUGACAGCAGAAGACGCUUUGUCCCAUCCUUAUAUGAGUAUUUACUCCUUUCCAACUGAUGAGCCCAUUUCAAGCCAUCCUUUCCACAUUGAGGACGAGGUGGAUGAUAUUCUGCUCAUGGACGAAAGUCACAGCCAGAUCUAUAAUUGGGAAAGAUAUCAUGACAGUCAGUUUUCAGACCAUGACUGGCCUAGUCAUAACAAUUUUGAAGCUGAUGAAGUUCAGCGUGAUCCAAAGGCUCUUUCUGAUGGGACUGAUGAGGAAGAAGUACAAGUAGAUCCUCGCAAAUAUUUGGAUGGCGAUCGUGAAAAGUAUCUAGAGGAUCCAGCGUUUGAUACCCACUUUUCCACUGAGCCUUGCUGGCAGUAUCCAGAUCAUCAUGAAAACAAGUACUGUGAUCUGGAAUGUAGCCACACUUGUAAUUACAAAAUGAGGUCCUCUUCAUACCUAGAUAAUUUGGUCUGGAGAGAGAGUGAAGUGAACCAUUACUAUGAGCCCAAGCUUAUCAUAGAUCUUUCCAACUGGAAGGAGCAGAGCAAAGAGAAGUCAGAUAAAAAAGGCAAGUCAAAAUGUGAAAGGAAUGGAUUGGUGAAAGCUCAGAUAGCUCUUGAGGAAGCCUCACAGCUUGCAGAAAAAGAGAAGGAGAAGAAUCAAGGGUUUGAUUUUGAUUCAUUUAUUGCAGGAACUAUUCAGCUUAGUUUGCAGCAUGAGUCAACUGAUAUUGACAAAUUAAAUGACUUGAAUAGCUCAGUGUCCCACCUAGAGUUGAAAGGCAUAUCCAAGUCAGUAAGCAGAGAGAAGCAGGAGAAAGGAAUGGCCAACUUGGCCCAAUUGGAAGCUCUUUACCAAAAUUCAUGGGAUGGGCAGCUUGUAAAUGGCGGGGAGGAAUGUUUCCUCAUAGACCAGUUUUGUUGCGAAGUCAGAAAGGAUGAGCAGAUUGAGAAGGAGAAUCCAUACACCAGUUACCUGGACAGGUUUUUUAGCAAGAUGGAAGAUGCUGAAAUGCUAGAAACUGAGCCAGUAGAAGAUGGGAAGCUUGGGGACAAAGAAAGAGAGGGGAGCUUUUUAAGCAAUAGUGGGGAAUUUCUGUUUAACAAGCACCUUGAAGCGAUAGGUAUUCCUCAGUUUCACAGCCCCGUUGGGUCACCACUUAAAUCCAUACAGGCCACGCUAACGCCAUCUGCUAUGAAAACAUCUCCUCAGAUUCCCCACAAAACAUACAGCAGCAUUCUGAAACACCUAAACUAAACGGCAGACAUUUCUUUUUGUAUUCAUGAAAUGUGUGUUCUUUUUUAUUGUAAGUAAUUUUUUUACUUGAAAUCAGAUAAUGUUUGGUAUGAAUUUCCUUAGUUUUCUGUUUACCAUUGUUUUUACAAUCCAGAAUUACUUUAUUUACAUGACAAUUCUUUUUUUAAAAACUGGCAUGUCAUUUGCACACAAAAGUAAAGAACAGAGCAGAACAAUGCACAUUGCAGGAGGAAACAAGAAAAUGCACUAAACCAAGUAGAAACACUCUUUAGUUUAAACAGUUCAUGCUUUGCAGAGGAAAAAUAAGAAUCUUGCCUUGAAAAUUACACAGUGAGACUAUACAUAUUUGCAUGAAAAUAUCUAUUUUUCCCUGAAACAUUUUCAUUCAUACGUAUUUUAGAAUUUUUCAUACUGUACACAUUUCUUAGACACAUGAUACCAGCAGCAACUGAAAAAUAAAUGCAGAAUUUGGUACGCAUGUGUUAUCUACCUCAAGGUAACAGCAGUAUGUGGCAAAACAUUAACCACCCAUAGUGCUUUCCAUAAUGCACUUCUAUUUAGCCAGCAUUAUUGUAGUAGGUGGUAUGGAGAAAUCAUUCAAUAUUUAUAAAUAUUCUGGUAUGCCUUCUUUAUAGUGGAAAUGUUAAUAUGCAGCGUUUUAUUUAUUUUAGCAAAUUAUAUUUUCUGUCAUGAUAGAAAGUUAAAAAAAUGAACUUGCUUUACAGAUAAAGUUCUUGUUAGCACUGUGGUUUAUUGCCUACAUAGCUGAAAUAUAGAUGAAAUAACACCCCCUUAUUCUGAGGUGAUCCAUAUGAGUUUUUAAAGAGAUUUCACUUCAAGUAAGGCACUCACUGUGUAUAGGAAUUUGCAAUUUGGAGGUGCUUGAUCUCUCUCUCUACAAAGAAAUUAGGAAUUGUUUUAUUAUAAAAUGCUCCUAGAAGUCUUAAUUGUGUUAAUUUUUUAAAAACAAUUUUUGUAAUGUUAGUUGUGUGCAUGGAAGCAAUUAAGGUACAACAUUACUGUAGGUUGAAAGUUCUAUAUGGCCAGACAUUUUGUUUUUACUGUAUGUUUUUACUGAAUGAUGCCCUUUUGUCUCAUCCCCAAAGCAAGCAUGAGUAUAAUUAGGUUAAAUGUAGCAUGUAGCAUCUCGGUCUUCUGACAGUUUGUUUUGCCUUCUGGGUUUUUGUUGUUUUUGUUUUUGGGAAACUAUGUAUCAUUGGCACCCCUGUUUUAAAGAGAAACAAAUAAAAACAUGGCCAGCAAAAAAAUUUUCUUUUGUCUUGACAUGGGAGUGCUUCAGAUAGCCUUGAGUAAUUGCAAGACAUGAGCAUUAAUCAGUUUCAAGCUUGUUCCCAGUUCUAGGAAAUGACACUUGUGGCGGGGUAAGGAAUUAAAAUGGAAACAUUUUCCCCUUGUCUGUGCUGUUUUUCAUACAAAGCAUUUUAGGCAAAGCAUGCCAUUUGCAGCAUUGUCUGAAGGAGGAGAAAGGCCUGACCUUUCUACCUGUGACUCUUUCAUUCUAAUCUUAAACCCCCAAAAAUGACUGUAUAUUCAAAAUUGUGAUAGCUAUAUAAUGCGUAGCCACCUGCAUUGCGAAAGCAAAAUAAUUGGAGACUUGUUUCAUACAAGUAAAAAGUUAUCCAUCUUGCCAUUAUUUUAUUCAACAUGCUUGUGAAGUUGCAUGGAUUUUGCUCCAAAGCAUCGGUGCAGGGAGGCGGUGUCCUCCUUUUACAGCUACUGUACAGUAUAAUGAAACAGAUUGAUUGAAGGUACAGUGUUGUAAAACCUGUUAACAGUUCCCUAAGGUAUUUAUGUAAUGAUUUUCCUUUCUAGUUUGUGUCUGAUCAAGAUGUUAGUAAAAGCAGAUGAUUUCUUAAUAUAUAUAUUUUUGGGGUCCGUGCUAAUACUAUAUUUACUGAUUCAUCCCAGUUAAUGCUAAAGUGCUUGGCCCAUGCCAUGAGAAUGCAUGUGAUAUAUUAUUGGCUUUGGUGUGUGAAGUGUGCUGUUUCCUAGUCCUCAACAUAAGUAGUAAUCAGAAACCACUGGAGUCUGUUUCCCAGUUCUGCUUGGCAUCUGACCAGAAGCUUACAUUUUAAUAAUUCUGAGCAUGAGAAGAAUGUGUGAGAAUAUUCUUCAGCAAGGUUAGGAACAGUAGGCUUUUAGCCAUUUCACACAGUUCCUCUUCUGGUCACUGAAGAGUACAUUUUUAUGAAGCAACGUUACUUGGACCUUUGUCACAAUGCUGUUUGGGGACACAGCAUACCACAUCUAGAAACACAAGAUACAGUUUAAGUGCCCUGGUAAACCAAAAUCCAUCCCAAGGGUGUGGUCAGAAAACUACUGGUUUGGCUGACUGCCUGUGGCAAAUGAGCUAAAUACCCUGUGUAUUGCACCCCUAGCAAUAACUUCUUUUCAGCACUAUUCCCACAGCAGCAUAGCAUGCUCACUUUCUCCAUUCUAAUUUACUAAGACUUACGUUUUGCCUGCAAAAGAUGGCUGAAGUUUCCACCAGUCUUCCUUUCCAGUGAUCGGAGGAAAAAGUCCUUUAUACAAACCUUUAAAGCAACUUUAAUGUUACACCAUUUCUGAAAGGUUGAUUGUGUGUUUGCCAGGUCUUCACUCUGGUGUAAUGAUAACAGCCUUAGUAUAAACCCUCCCGCUCCCCAAAGUGAAAGAUAAACUUGAGAAUCAUUUUAGAGCAAGGCUACUCUUAGAACUUGCGUAACAGAAUGUAUCCAUUACAAAACAGAUACUGACCUUUCUAUCUCUUGGCGCUGUUGAGACAAGGAACUUUAGAACAAAGUAACUAACAUGCUUAAAUGUCCAUGGAAACACAAUAUUCUUGAUGCAAUGAAUGCCAUGCAAUCAAUAUGGCUCCUGAUAGGAAAUCCUUAUUUUUGUCUUUGUUUUAGAAACAGGACCAGUAAUGGUAAAAGCCACCUAUGGUGUGCCAUGAAGUGUGCAGUUUCCCCACAAACUUGCAGUUCUCUCACACCACUUUUCGGAUCUUCUGACAUCAAGACCUGAAUGUGCACAAUUUGGUAGCCCAAGAGUUAACAAGGGCAUCAAACAUAAACAUAAAUUUUCAUGUAGCAAAACAGAAUUGAGAUAUUAAUUAAAUAGAACACUUAACUGCUAAUUUUCAAAGUGUUCUAAUUCUAUUCCUAAAAGCACACAUUAAAACUAGGAUGCAUGCAGUAAGAAUUGGGACAAGAAGUUGGAGAGGAUUUGUUUUUUCAGUGGAUGGUUAUAAAUAUAAAGAUAUUGGGUAAGAAAGAGAGGGCAACAGCCAAGGGAAAGAAUUGAUCAUCCCAAGACAGAAGGAGCUGAUAACACUUGAAAGCAGAAGAGGAAAUUGGGAUUGGCGAGAGAGGGGGAUAAAGAUUGGCUGAGCCUUAGGGGGACCAGAAUUAAGAAUAAAGGGCAAAGGGGCAAAAGGGACCAAGCGAUAAAUGAUAAGGUGCCUGGGAAUGUGGGGUGAGCUGUUUUCCGGGCUUCAGUCAAAAAGCAGGAUGCAAAUCCAGUAGACACAUAAAAUGCAUUAUAAUAAUUU